AAUGAACACAAUGAUUGCAACUCCGGUGUAUGAUGACUCUGAAGUGGUUGAAUUAAAUGCUGCAAACCGCCUGUAUCUCAAGCCAAAGACAAAGUUAAUCAUUUCUGUUAUCCUUCCAGAAGAAACAGAUCAAUGUAGAUCAGUAUCAAAUUGGGACAUUCUGGAACAACUAAAGAAUAUGGUUGCUCCAGACUGUUUCAGUUCUCUUAGGGUUUCUAAAACCACAAGGGAGUUUGUCCGAAUUGAAGGUGAAACUGACACUAAAUGUCUAUCUCACAUUUUUUGGGAAAAACUUAAUGGGCAAAGCCUUCAAAUAAGCUGCAUUACCAAACCACUAAGCAUAGAGGUCACUGAGGCUCCUCCUGAAUUUCCUGCUAAUGAUAAUGCUCAGGAUUUACUAUCGCAAAUGGUGGAAGAUUCAGAGGUCAUCCCAGCGCAUAAUAUAUUUUCAUCUUGUAUUCAUUUGGAGGGAUUGCCAUGUAAAUGGUUUUCAACUUUGGGCUCAAAUAUAGAAAAACCAAGCGAGGAGGUUGUGAGAAACACUUUUGAAAAAUAUGGAAAAAUUGCAAAUAUUGACAUUCCCAUGCUUGAUCCAUACAGAGAAGAGACAGCCGGAAGCGCACUGACUGGUGGUGUCCUGCAGCCCUUUCAUGCUUUCCUCCAGUAUGAAAGCCAAUCAAGUACCUUAGAUGCAAUCAAUUCAUUGCAAGGAAUGAAGCUCAUAUUCACUGCAGAGGAUGGAAAAUCUCUGGCGUGUGAUAUAAAGAUAACUGUUGAUACAAGCAACCACUUUAGCGAGGAGGCAGUAAACAAGCGGACUGCUGAGCGUCUUAAACUACUGGAGCUGGAACAGCAGAGGAAACAAGAGAAAGAAGAGGAAGCAGAAAGAAAAAGGAAAGCUCUGGAGAGAAAGGCUAGAGCAAGGAAGAGGAGGGCAAGGCUGAAACGGAAACUUCAGAGACAGAAACAAAGUCAGGAGACCGUGGUGCAGGAGCAAGAAGCCUGCCCAGAAGAAGCAGUGGAGGACACACAGGAAUGGGAGGACCGGAAACUGCUCCUUGCUCAGAGGCGACUCGAAUCAAUCAACCUUCUCACCACUAUCCUUGACAAAGUAAAUGAUCUGGUACAAGUGAAUAGACUUGAAGAGGAACAAAUGACCUGUGAGUUUGCAGCAGAAUUCAGUGACUAUUCUGUGUCUACCUAUUCAGACAACAGUAAUGUUAUGUUUCUACCGAUCACCGAGGAAGAAGAAAGCAGUCAACAUGAGAAUGAAGAGAACACUGACAAUAAGCUGGAAAUUAAAAUAUCUGAGGAAGAUCCUCAGGAACUUAGACAUGAGCGAAGAAGAGAUUCAAUCUCUGACAGAAGUCACCAGAACAACUAUGAUGAUGAUUCUUGCCUAGGCUAUUCAGAUGAAAUUCAAGUUCCAAAAAUGCAUUAUCAUGAUCAACAUCGCAUUUUCAAAAUGUCAUAUAAGCAAGAAGUUUCUGAUGAGAGAUGCUCCAAAAAACAAAAAAUUUAUGAAACUGAUGAAUUUAUCAACUAUUUGUUAAAUCAUUACCGCAACCCAGAGUAUGCAAGGUUAUUUUUGGAGACAAACGAGAGUUCAAACAGACCUUGGUGCCAGAGGGUGGUUGUAUGGAAAGGAAACAGCUUUCAAAUAAAACUACAGACCCUAAAUGGUCAUUUUGCAGAGAUGAACUUUAUCCCAGAGUUGGAGGAAGAAACAGAAGAUGAUUGUGGUAAAUUGGAGCCACGUAUUGCAGAGUCAGAGGAGAAUUCACAAGAGUCGUCUCUUUGUAGAAUAAAAGCUAGUGAACCUCAGAAACAUUAUGUUGACAGUGAAAAUGAGGUUCCAAUGACAAGACCAAGGCCUCGUUUGGUAAAAAAGUAUGAGCGGGUAUAUAAAAAAACAUGGGAUGAUGAAGAGGAUAUUGAAAGCUCAGAGUCCAAUGAUGAACUAAAAGAAGUUUUGGAAGAAAUAAGUAGCACUUCGGAAUACUUUAGCGAGGAACUAAGUGGAAUUUCAGGUAAACAACCCAAUAUCAGUAGGACAUCCAGAAAGCAAAGAAAUGCUAAACAGCUAAAAAAAAUAAAACACUGCAAUGUGUCCGGCAACAAUCAGGUUUGUCACCACGAAGAUCUACUCGGUCAUUUAUUGCACUCAUAUUGCCAGAAUUUAAAAAAACAUUCAAGAUGUAAGCUGACUCAAAACUGCCGAGGCCAACCCAAUCUUCAUAAUCAGUAUGAUUCUGACACAUAUGAGUCUAAUACGGACAUGGAGGCAGAAGUUCAGAAAACAUGGAAAAGAAAAAGGUCAAAGAUAAAGAAUCCAGCCUGCUAUUUGGAAGAGAAGAAACUUAAGAAGGAAACUUACUCUAGCUCUGAAGAUGACAGCAGCUCAAGUGAUUCUCACCUGCACAAGAGAAACAUCUGGCGGAAGCAAUACAACGGGAUGCCAAAACGCAAGAUACAGAAGACUAGGAGCUGUGAUUCUGAUGAGAAACCAAAGAGACAGUGGGAUCUGUAUUUUGCAGAAGAUGUUUCAGAUUCCCCCGAACAAGAGGAGUCCUCGUGCGAUGAUGAAGAAACUCAGAGCAGCUGCAGCCCAAUUUCUAGUCAUCCAGCUGGUGAAAAUGAGCCACUCGGAGGUUGCUCAAAAGGCGUCUACACUGAUUAUUGGGACUGGGAAUAAUACGCAACAAUGCAAACACACUGCAAGUGACAUAU